AUGAAUUCCCUACUGGUGGUCCUAUUACUAGGACUCUUACCAUUAGCUUAUGGGUACAAGUGUGACCCAUUGGUGAGUUGAAAAAUUCUAUUUUUUGCAUUUUGCAUUUUUUGAAAGUUUGGGACUCCAACUUCUUUAUAUUUCUUUUAGAGUCUCGUAGAAUAUACUUGACGUUGGUCCAAUGGGUCUAGUCACAGCCGCCAGACAACAAGAUAAACGUGUCUCAAAGCCUGCUUGUGCGUCAAACCCAAGCAUUUGGGCCUCAUUUUUGAGAAGAAGAUUGCGCGGGCUCGGGCCGGGCCAGGCUACGAAAAAAAAAAAUUGAGCCUUUGGGCCGGGCCGGCCAUUUUUGCUUGGAGCCUCCCUGAAGCCUCCCUGAGGCCGGGCUUGAAACAUAGCCGAAAAUUCGAUAGGCUGAUGGGCCGGCCCUCACACAAGCCUGGGCCAAACUGAUUCAUAGAUUGUUCAUUAUUAUUCCUUUCCAAAAACUUCUCAUGGAAAACUUCAGCCGCCGCAAGUGGCCGGAGCUCAUCCCGGGAUGAUGGCUCGAUAUUUCACCCUGCCAAGAAAACUUCGCGUCAGCGAUACCAUCAUAGUUCGAGGCAAAAUCGGUCCAAGUACUUAUCCAUACAAGUAACUUAUAUUUUUCUCGCCUAGCUUCAACAAGGAACUUUCAAAACAGGAGAUUCUGGAUUGAUCUGUUCGUCGGAACAAAUCCAGUGUACUGGAACUCGUUCAGCUCGUUGCACUUCACACCGCAAUACGACUUGAAUAAAACCUUCAUAGGAGAUUAUCAGGUACUCUUCUUGAAAAUUUUUCAUAUUCUAUGAGGUUUUUUUUUUGAUUAAUAGUGAGAGAGAGAGCGCGCGCAGACGGUCAUAUUGUAUCAAAUCAUUCCGAACAGCUGAUAGAACUCUUGGAAUUUUUUCCCACAACCGGGGCACCGUAUUAGCAUAGCUAAGUCCAGAUUUCUGAGACAAACACAGCUGGGUCAUCUAUUUCUGAUGCUACAACAAUAGCGAGUUUUCCAUUUGCGAGGAGUACUGUAUGCGGAAAUGCGCAUUGCGUGCAUAUACUUUUCGUGUUUACACUUUCGUUGCGUGACGUCACCGGGUAGGACAUCUCCGGGUUUUUUGUUUCCGAGUUUUUUUUUUCGAAUAGUUUUCAAUUUUUAUUUGCAAUUGUCAAGAUUCGCAUUUUUGUCGAUGAUAUUUGCACGAUAAAAAACAGUAUCAAGAAAACAAAAUUGAAAACUAUUUGAAAAAAAACUCGGUAACAAAAAACCCGGAGUCCUGCAUGGUGACGUCACGCAACGAAGGUGUAAACAAGCAAAGUGUAUGCACGCAAUUCGCAUAUCCGCAUACAGUACUCCUCGCAAAUGGAAAACUCGCUCUCGUCGUAGUACCCUAUUUUUUCUUACACUCGUGAUUUUACCGUUUUUGCACAAAUGACUCAAAUAGCCUCAAAAACACGGGUUUUUACCCGUUCAGAAACCUGAUCAGCAUGAGAAUACGAGGUUCUUGAUUUGAAGCACUCUAAAUGUCUGCGCUCUCUUUCCCCCUGGCUUGAUUUUUACAUUUUCUCAAUUAGUGUCAAAUGAACUUUCGACGGGAGUUCAUAAAGUUUGUAGAUGAAAUUCUAGACGAGCACACUCGUUGAGGUCCCCAUAUUGUAUAUGAUCGGUUGUACCACAAGUGACUCCUUUAUUCCAGCCUAACCCUGGACACGUGUUCCGCAAUGACGUAUAUCUGCCCCUCCUGUUCACCGACAAACCUUUCCUCAUCAGAAUCCUGUGAGUUCUACCUGAAAUGCAAAACAAUAUUUUUGUGAUCCUUUCAGAGUCCAACGUGAUGGGUAUCUGAUCUACAAGGACGGGAAGUUCAUCCACAAGAUGAAAUACACGAAAUACAACUACGCCUCGGUUCAGACAAUCUUCGUACAGAACAUUGACCUCGGCACUGAGCCGUCAGUUUAUUUUAUCCACACGAAUUAUUUUUUGGUAUUGAAGAUGCUGUGGGGUGAGAAAAAGAUGUCCAUCUACGGGAGCCGGAAGAAUGACAUUUUACUUCGGUGACGGAGUCGUCGAGUACAUCGGUGAGUUCUACGGAGUCGUUCAAAAAUGGUAGAAUUUUUUCAGAAGGAGGCUGCAUUGAUUGA